UCCGGAAGACCCGGAGGAAGACAGAGAUUGGAGGUUCAGGCAGUGACGUAACUUUCUGCCUUAGGUGGCCUUCCGCUUUGGGGGCUGUUGCGACGGGGGUUCAGGGAAUAUUUACUGGGCUCCCCGCUCCCUCUGCUUUUGGAAGUGCCAUGAGGUCAGUGAGCUACGUGCAGCGCGUGGCACUGGAGUUCAGCGGGAGCCUUUUCCCUCACGCAAUCUGCCUCGGAGACGUUGAUAACGAUACGUUAAAUGAGCUGGUGGUGGGAGACACCAGCGGGAAGGUGUCUGUGUAUAAAAAUGAUGACAGUCGGCCAUGGCUCACCUGUUCCUGCCAGGGAAUGCUGACUUGUGUUGGGGUUGGAGACAUUUGUAAUAAAGGAAAGAACCUGUUGGUGGCAGUGAGUGCUGAAGGCUGGUUUCAUUUGUUUGACCUGACACCUGCCAAGGUGUUGGAUGCUUCUGGGCACCACGAGACACCAAUGGGAGAGGAGCAGCGUCCAGUCUUCAAGCAGCACAUCCCUGCCAACACCAAGGUCAUGCUGAUCAGCGACAUCGAUGGAGAUGGGUGUUGUGAGCUGGUGGUGGGCUACACAGACCGUGUGGUGCGAGCUUUCCGCUGGGAGGAGCUAGGUGAGGGUCCUGAACAUCUGACAGGGCAGCUGGUGUCCCUGAAGAAAUGGAUGCUAGAGGGUCAGGUGGACAGCCUCUCGGUGACUCUGGGGCCACUGGGUGUUCCUGAACUCAUGGUGUCUCAGCCAGGCUGUGCUUAUGCAAUUCUGCUCUGUACCUGGAAAAAGGACACUGGGUCCCCUCCUGCCUCUGAAGGGGCCACAGAUGGCAGUAGGGAGACCCCAGCUGCCCGAGAUGUGGUGCUGCACCAGACAUCUGGCCGUAUCCACAAUAAGAACGUCUCCACUCACCUAAUCGGCAACAUCAAACAAGGCCACAGCACUGAGAGUGGUGGCUCUGGCCUCUUUGCCCUGUGCACUCUGGAUGGGACGCUGAAGCUCAUGGAGGAAGCAGACAAGCUGCUAUGGUCAGUGCAGGUCGAUCACCAGCUCUUCGCCCUGGAGAAAUUGGAUGUCACCGAGGUUUCCCUCUGCCACCUAGGCCGGAGUGCAGUGGCACGAUCUUGGCUCACUGCAACCUUCGUCUCCCAGACUCAAGCCAUCCUGCCACCUCAGCCUCCCAAGAAGUUGGGACUACAGGGCAACGGGCAUGAGGAGGUAGUUGCAUGUGCCUGGGAUGGACAGACCUACAUUAUUGAUCACAACCGCACCGUCGUCCGCUUCCAAGUGGAUGAAAAUAUCCGUGCCUUCUGUGCAGAAGAUCUAUGUGUACUGGGAGGUGCAGCUGGAGCGGAUGGAGUCUACCAAUCUGAUGAAACUGCUGGAGACCAAGCCGGAGUACCACAGCCUGCUGCAGGAGCUGGGCGUGGAUCCUGACGACCUCCCUGUGGCUCGUGCCCUGCUUCACCAAACGCUCUACCAUCCGGACCAGCCACCACAGUAUGCUCCCUCAGGCCUCCAGGAUCCCACCUAGCAGUAUUUGCCUCACAGUUGGUGAAGGAUUCUUCUGAACCCCCACCCUACCCCCUAAAGCUAUCUGUGUUAUUGGCAGGAUAAGGAAUAUGCAUUACAGAAGUGCAGGAUUUCACUCUGGGCGUGAAAGAUGGCAGCAGCCUUAGGGUGACCACAAACUAUAGACCUUGCAGUCUUUUUGGUGAAAGAAGAGACAAGGUGACUCUCUGCCCAUUUCCUUAUGGAUGUCGCCCAUCACACCAGCAGGGUCAUAGGACCCUGGCCUUGUUCCAAAUCAUCUGGGACAUGUCCUACUUCCCACUCUGACUGUGUAGAAAACAGACUUGUUUGCAUGGCCCCAAACCCAUACAUAAGGAAACCAGGUUUUAGGCCCAGGGGAGCAGUGGAGGUAAGGGCUCCAUUCCAUCUUAAGCUCUGUUUUUCAUGGCACAAUGACAUUAGUCAUUGUUUUUUGUUUGUUUUUUGAGAUGGAGUCUCGCUCUGUCACCCAGGCCGGAGUGCAGUGGCGCAUUCUUGGCUCACCACAACCUCUGCCUCCUGGGUUCGAGCAAUUCUCCUGCCUCAGCCUCCCGAGUAGCUGGGACUACAGGCGUGCGGCCCCAUGCCCAGCUAAUAUUUGUAUUUAAGUAGAGGUGGGGUUUCACCGUGUUGGUCAGGCUGGUCUCAAACUCCUGGCCUCGUGAUCCACCCGCCUCAGCCUCUCAAAGUGCUAGGAUCACAGACGUGAGCCACCAUGCCUGGCUGACAUUAGUAAUUAUUAAAGGAAUGGCAGACUUUUGUUUUGAGGGGUCUUUCAGCACAUUUUACAGUCUGGCCUUGCCCAUGCUCCUAGCAGCCCUGAGAUGACUUUCCUCCAUUUACUGAAGCAUCUGGGGCAGUGCUUUCUCACAUUGUCAUAUUCUUCAGGAAUUAGUAAGCUUCAGAAGCCCUGCUCCCAUUUUCCCACCCACCCAUUCCCCGAAUAAAACACCUUAUUGUCUGUAAGACAAUAGACAUUUAAAAUGUGAUACAGGUUUAUGGUCCAGACCACAAUCAGAAUUAUAUCUUGGGCCAUUUAUGUGCUGUCUGUUCUUGAUUCUCUGUGCUCUAGAUCGGUGUUUCUCAAACUGUGGAUGCAGUCCUUUGGUGAAUGAUGGCCAGCAUUGUUUAAAUAGGUAGAAUAGAAUAAAGUCAAAUAGAAAAUA